AUGGAAGAUUUGCCGCUAAUCAGUCAUGAUGAAUACGAGCAUUUAUUGAACUAUUUCGACUAUGAUGUAUAUUCGCAAAGCUUCAUAAAAUCGCUUGGUCCUGAAACAAUCGUUGAUGUGACGUUAUCUGAACGUGGCUUCAUUCAGUACGUGCAUCCUGUCUGGGAAGCAGAAUUAAUUCGAUUGAUUCAAGAAACGGAAGGCGGAUUGAAACUGAAAAUACGAAUUUAUAUAAAAAGAAUGCGUGUUCAGGAAGAGAAACGUCGGCUUUUUUUUCUGUAUUUCCCUCGCAAAAAAAAGAUUAAAUAA